AUGGAGAUGUGGGGUGUAUCAGCGCCUACAGGGAGUGCUGAAAGAAUACGCCAAUAUACAUCUCUCAUUCGCCAUGAUUAUCCGGACCUGUUUGCAAGUGAAUCUUGUAUCAACAAUCGAGCAGCCUUUCGUGGAUGGUUCAUGUACGAUAUGAAUGAUAAUAUCAGCAUCCUUCAAUCAUUCCUGAGAAACGUACAACACGAGACGACUAUCGUUGUUGCUGAUCUGCCACCAGGUUUGAUCCAGUAUCUUUUAAGAGCGUGUCCAAGACCUGCUGAUUGGCCAGAGGAUGAUGACUCGUGGGUGGCUGUCAAGGAGUUGAGAGACAUAGCAAUGGAAGGAGCAAGACAACGCUUCGUUGACAGAAACGGCGCACCGGCAGGAGUAGCACAAGACCCUGAAGUCUCACGGCGUUUACGGAACACAUAUCUUGAAUCAAUUGGCAAUGUACCGUAUAAUCGAUUCGACAUGUGUGAGCUCCACGUUGGCAGCAGCAAAGCAAGAUUCCGCAACCUUGGCACAACUGUUUAUUUCGAUUUUGAUCCAACGAUCACACCACAUGGAUUGGUGUUCAAGAAUGAGGAUCGACAUUUGCUACCUUCUGCUAGGAUUCCCACCAUCGUUUAUGAUUAUACCCCAUUCUGGCAUGCCAAGAAUUCUUACUUUCCCGUAUUUCUUGAUACAUUACUGUAA